UUUUCUCACCCUCUGCUAUGAAGAAAGAGAAAUAGGGAGCAACUUUAUAUAUUGAUAACAGACUUUUGUUGUGCUUGGAUGACGUUUAUCAAUGAACUGUGUACAUGUUACAUAAUAAUAUAAAUUAAAUAAAAAGAAUUGUGAAGUUUUUUUCAAUUAAUUUGUGGUUUCCGCCACUAAAAAUAGGGGUAUUAAGUGUUAAAUAUUUUCAUACAGUCAUUCCUAUUUUUGGUUGUGAAAUUUGGUGGAGAAUCCCCAUUCUUUGCUCAUUAAAAACACUUAAUCAUUAAAAAUACAAUUUAAUAAGAACAAUUUAGUGAUUAAAUAAUAAGAAUAAUUUAGUGAUUAAAUAAAGGAUAUUUAUUUUAUAUUUAGGUUUUUUUUUUUACCUGCAGCGUUUUUACUUUCACUUUCUGUACUGAUCAACAGGAAGUUUCAGACUUCAGGAACUUUUACAGAAACGUGUUUUUAGCGUUUAGAACAGAAAUGGCAGAGUCUUUACUCCUGAAUACACCCCAGUACGACUGUUCGGUGUGUUUGGAUCUGAUGAAGGAUCCGGUGACGAUCCCCUGCGGUCACUGCUACUGCAUGAGCUGCAUUACAGACUACUGGGACCGGGACCAGUUCUCCAGAACCCGAUGUCCGCAGUGCAGACGUGAAUUUCCUACAAGACCCGAACUGCACAAAAACACAAUGCUGGCUGAAAUCCUCGACCAGCUGAAGAACAUCUCGAUCCCAGAUUCUCCCCCGGCUCAGUGUCCUGCUGCUCAGCCUGGAGAUAUCGAGUGUGAUCUCUGCACCAAACAGAAGGUCAGGGCGGUAAGAUCGUGUCUGGAGUGUCGGGCAUCUUACUGUGAACUGCAUCUCCAGCCUCACUACGACGUUCCUGCUCUCAGGAAGCACAAGCUGGUGGUCGCCACCGACAUCCCGAUCUGCCCACGACACGACAAAGUGCUGGAGGCCUUCUGUCGCACCGACAACAUGUGCAUCUGUGUGAGCUGUUUGCUGGAGGAGCACAAAGGCCACGACACGAUCUCAUCAGCAGGAGAACGAGAAGAGAAACAAGCCAAACUGCAGGUUGAUAAAACCACAAUUGUGGAGAAACGCAAAGAAAAAGAGAGCAAGGUUCAAGAGGUGUUAAAAGCUGCAGACGCUCACGCAAGCACUACAGAGCAGUCAAUUGAAGAUGCAAAGCUAGCUUUAAGCUUGCUAGUCAGUUCUCUUGAGACCAGCUUCUCUGAGAUGAUGGAGAGAACCAGAAUUGAGGAGGACAUCUACCAAGCUCAAUAUGCAGAUGUUCGGGAACAGCUGGAGAAUGAGAUCGGUAUGCUGAUGGAACAGGAAGCAGCCGUGGACAAGCUUUUAAAGACAGAGGAUAACAUCUACUUCCUUCAGAACUUUGACAGCAUGCCCAGUCCCCCUGCAGCUGAAGAGUCAACGUGUAUUGAUGAAGAGCCGUCCGUCUCUUUCAGUGAUGUGGGGAACAUGCUUUUUGAGUUUAAAGCGAAACUGGAGGUUUUCUGCAGGCAGGAACUAGACAACAUGUUUUCCAAAUUCCACAUUAGGGUUGGCGACCGAGUUCGAGUGAAACCUUCUGUGGCUUCACCAAAAUAUAACUGGGGCUGCACUGUCACACACAGAAGUGUGGGUGUGGUCAAAUCUUUGGACAAGGAAAUUGUGAUUGUUGACUUCCCUGAACAUAAAAACUGGAAGGGUCUCUUGUCUGAGAUGGAACGUGUAACGGUUGCUGAUGAACCAGCUCAGCAGAGGAGGUUUAAAGUCGGAGACCGUGUCCGAGUGAUGCCGUCUGUCACCAGCCCGAAACGCAGUUGGGGAAAGGUGACUCACCAAAGCGUGGGCGUGAUCAAGAGUCUUGUUGGGGAAGAAAUGACUGUGGACUUCCCGGAACAUUCCGGCUGGAUCGGCGUCGUCUCCGAGAUGGAAACUGUGCCUUAAACCCUAACGUAAUGUGAAUAAAUGAGUUCUUAUAAUUAUAAUUGAUUAUCUGAUUUCUUUUAUGUUGAAAUAAUUAAAAAUAGUCUGUUAUUUAUACAUGUAACUGA